AUGAAUCAAUGGCUGCGUAUCUCGUGCAGACCCGCCGAUUACCCAAACAGUUCAAAACCUACUACAUCCACCAGGUCCCCAGAUAUGAGAACAGCCAUGCUGAUGCUCUCUCUAGGCUCGCUUUGGCAAUCGACGACCGUGUCGGCCAUCGAAGUUCUCGCUCGGCGGAGCAUGGCCGAAGCCGAUAUCAACACCGUCCGUCCGGAUCCUAGUUGGAUGGACCCGAUCCACGCCCACCUCACCGACGGCACCCUACCAACUGACAAAACCGAGGCAAAGGCAGGAGACUACAUCUUGCGUGAGAUACACGAGGGUGCGUGUGGUGAUCACUCGGGAUCCCCAUCCUUGGCCUUCAAGGCCAUUCGGCAAGGCUAUUAUUGGCCAACUCUCCACGCUGAUGCCACCCAGAUUGUGCAAAAGUGCGAUCCGUGCUAA